AAUCCUGUGGGUUGAGAAAAUUUGUCACCAAAACUCUCUCUUUCAGUCUGAGUUGAGGUAGCCAUGUUGCUUCAACUCCUGUCGUAUUCCACCCUCUACAUUGCUUCGUUUUUUCUUGUGAAAACAAUAUUAAUCUCCAUCAACAACCGUCCCAAGCUUCCCCCAGGCCCCAUUGCCUUACCAGUCAUCGGCCACCUCCACCUCCUUGGCCCCUUCAUUCAUCAAACUUUCCACAAGUUCUCCUCCCGCUAUGGUCCCUUAAUGUAUCUCCGUCUUGGCUCUAUUGGGUGCGUCGUGGCCUCUAACCCAGAGCUUGCAAAAGAGCUUCUCAAAACUUACGAGCUGGCAUUCGCCGCCCGCAUGCACACCGCUGCCAUUACCCACCUUACAUACGACUCUUCCUUUGCCUUUGCACCCUACGGACCUUACUGGAAAUUCAUAAAAAAGUUUAGCACCUAUGAGCUCCUAGGUAACCGAACUCUUAGCCAGUUUCUUCCCGUUCGGACCAAGGAAUUGCACUGUUUCAUUAAGUUUCUUCUUGACAGGUCUAAAGCAGGCGAAAGCGUGAAUGUAACUCAAGAGCUGUUGAAAUUAACCAACAACACAAUAUCACAGAUGAUGCUGAGCAUGAGGUGCUCGGGGAGUGGAAACCCCGCCGAUGGGGUUCGAGCUCUAGUGAGGGAGGUGACUGAGAUCUUCGGAGAGUUCAACAUCUCAGACAGUAUAUGGUUUUGCAAAAACUGGGAUCUGCAGGGAUUCCGAAGGAGAUUUGAGGACAUACAUAGAAGGUAUGACGCUUUGUUGGAGAGAAUCAUAAGAGAUCGCGAGGAAGUAAGAAAAAGCAAGAAAGAGUGUGACCAACGAGACAAUGGAAAUGAGGUCAAGGAUUUUCUGGACAUGAUGCUUGAUGUAUUGGAAAAUGAUAACUCGGAGAUCCAAUUAACCAGAAAUCACAUUAAGGCCUUGGUUUUGGAUUUCUUGACAGCCGGUACGGAUACAACAGCAAUUGUACUUGAAUGGGCACUGGCAGAGCUCAUCAACAACCCGGAAGUGCUAAAACUAGCUCAAAAAGAGAUUGAUCAAGUUGUGGGAACAAGCAGGUUGGUAGAAGAAUCGGACAGUCCUCGUCUCCAAUACAUCCAAGCCAUCAUUAAGGAAACUUUUCGGCUCCACCCACCGGUCCCGAUGAUCAGCAGAAAAUCAAUCCAAUCAUGCAAAAUUAAGGGAUACACCAUCCCUGCCGACUGUUUGGUGUUCGUAAACAUUUGGGCUAUAGGAAGGGAUCCCACGGUCUGGGCAGAUCCAUUGAGGUUUCAGCCUGAGAGGUUCCUGAAAUCCUAUGAGGGAGAUCAUAGUUCAGGGCCUAUAGAUGUUAGAGGCCUCCAUUAUCAGCUGUUGCCUUUCGGUACAGGGAGGAGGGGCUGCCCUGGUGCUUCUUUAGCAAUGCAGGAGCUGCCCACCACUCUGGCAGCCAUGAUUCAGUGCUUUGACUGGAAGCCUGCGGCUACUUCAAAGACUGGAGAUGGUGUUGACAUGUCUGAACGGCCUGGACUUACGGCUCCCAGGGCAAAGGAUCUGGAGUGUGUUCCAGUUGCACGCUUCACACCCAGUCUUUGCAACUUAAGCAGGUGACCACUUACGUAUGAUGUGAUGAGCAAUCGAGCAUCAGUCUCCCCCGUUCUCCCGAUUUCCUAGGCUCUGUGUCUUUAGCGUGUUACGAGUGAUGUGACUGUGAUGGCAUGCAUUUAGGUAGAAAUAAAUGCAAUUAUAUUGCAUAUUUGCUUGCCAAAAACAAAAUAAAAAAAAUGUAUUAAUAGUUUAUGAAUUUUUCUGUUUGGUUUAUUUC